AUGAAUACACCGCUGGAAGAGCUCAUUCCAUUUCUCGGGGCAUGGGGACUCUACGGACUCAUUGGCGCCGGACUACUUGGGUUCUCGAUAUUCUUCACGGUGUACUACUCCGACAGACAGGACCGAGAGCCAUUUGCGAUGCUGGUGACGGUUCUGUCGUUGACACUUUGCCUGACGACGGUGGCAUUAUUCCCGGUCGACAUCUUUAUGGUCUCGAGGAUCAUGGACCCGACGACAGGAUUGAGACACGAGUGGGCAACGGAUGCUGCUAUCGCCGAGAUGCAGCUGUCUGUCCAGAUGAUCUAUGCUGUCGCUUACGGCCUGAUUGCAAUGUUUUGCUUCUUUUGGAUCCCCCUGGCUUACUUUUACUUUGAGGAGCUUGCGGAUGAGGGCCAGACGACUAUUCAACGCCUAUGGUCGUCCUUCAAGUACACCCUCUUUUUCAUCCUCAUCGCCGCCAUCCUGUUGCUGACCGGUCUCUUGAUGAAGCCAAACGGCAAGGAUGGCGAUGAUAAGGGUGAAGAGGGUGGUGCGCUCAGUCCAGAGUCAGACUGGUUGGAGGACCUGCUGGGAAAAAUUGGCGGUAUGGAGCCAUUAGCAUUCGUGGCGGGAGUCUUGGCCCUUGCGGGGAUGACCGUCCUGGUCUUUUACACGGCACCUGGACUUUCCCUCUUGCCAUUCCACCUCCUGGCAGGGGCCAAGUCUCUGCCAGCAGGAGUAGAAGAACUAGAGGCACAGCUAGAUUUUAAUCGGGCGAGACAAAGCACUAUUCUGAACCGAUAUCAAAUGACACCAGGUGGAGGAGGUCAGCGCCAGCAGCUGUCGGACAGGAACCGCCAUCUUAUUAGUGAAUUGGCACAGGAAGAGCUGCUGUUGGAGAACCGACUGAGGUUGGUGUUGAAGGUUCGGAAUAGCUGUUGGCACCAGUGCCUGUGUAUUAUUCGCCCCUUUCAGAUCUUACUGGGACUCGCGGGAUCAAUUUUGACAGUACUUCUCGUUGGGUCCAUUACCGUUACAAGUGUCGGACAGUUGGAUGGGGACCUUUGUGGUGCGCCAUGUGGGUUCAUCUUUGGGCGGGAUCUGCCCAACCCGCUCAACAUGGUCCUCGUUCGGCUUUCUCCCUUCUUCCCGGCGGACUAUGCGGUGAUAGUCAUGAUCAUCCUCUACAUGUUCUGGGCGACGACCAAGGGGAUCAUCUCGCUCGGGAUCCGGUUCUUAUGGGUCCAUCUGUACAAGUUCAGAAGGGCUGCUACUCAACCACAGGGGCUGUUGGCGGCGACCAUGCUCUGGAUGCUCAGCCUUGCCGCCCUGAGCUAUACGCUGACCAUGGCCGUUGCCCCUGAGUACUCUAUGUUUGGCGGUCAGAAAUAUUGCAAUAACACGAUCCCCAUCGGAGGAAGCCUAGACUGCUCAACCACACCAACACUCAUCAUCCGCUGCCAUGUCGGCGCACCCGCAGACCUCUGCACACCCACCGUAACCUCCAAGACCGUCCUCCAAGUCCUCUCGGCAUCACCCAUCCUCGGCGUCGCAUUCUAUUCUGCUCAAUGGGCCUUUCUUGCAUUCUUCUUCCUCGCAUUCUUGUUCAACUUUGUCCAUGGAUGCUGGAGAGAUUACAGCUCCCAAAGACGCCCUCUUCGCACGUUCAGGAACAGCCAAUUGUGA